AGCUUUUCACAUGAUCUUCUGUAUUCAAGGACCAUGCAGAUGUCCUCGAUCAUCUUCCAUUUCUUCUCCAUCCUGAUCUCUGCAGGGCUUUGUUUGAAGUGUGAACACUGCAGCAGCAGCAGCGGUUUCUGUACUGGAACGCCACACAUCUGCCGCCCGUUUGAAAACACCUGUAUGAUUCUGACCACCGAGACAAGCAUUGGCAAUGAAGUGUGGCUCACCACUUACAAAGGCUGCAGCAAAAUCAAGCAUUGUGUCCCAUCACCUAUGAGCUUCACCCUCCCUUCCAGACGCAAGCGGAGUGCCGCAAAGUGUUGUCGCAAGGAUCUUUGCAACAGUGGAACUGUGACAUUGCCCAAACUCGGGAUCCGCCCAAAUGGAAUGAAGUGUCCUGGAUGCAUCUCAGAGGAUCCCAUUUGCAAACCCACUGAGCUGAUCCAUUGCAAUGGCUGGGAAGAGUAUUGUGUCCAUUACGAUAUGACGGUAGAACAAGAGGGAAGAUUCUACAGUCACGCAGAACGGGGCUGUGGAACCAAGAAUGCUUGUCUGAAUGAGGCACGUGUUUACGGAGUGCCCGGGCUAUACAAGGAAAUUAUAAAGAAAUCCGAAUGCACACCUGCUCCCAAAAUUAUUGGCAAAUACCCUUGACUUCGGGAAAACACCGAGCAAGGUGGAGGAUAUGCUAAAGCACCUUUGUUCUGAGUUGGCAGGUUUUCUAUCAAAGGGGAUAAAAUCCUUCUAUGGAGUGAAGAAAAAUCCCAUUUAAUAAAAUAGGUUUUAAAAAUUUAAAAGUCUUGCUCGUUGCAUACUCAAUCUUGACAUGUUCCCAUUUCUUUGCUAAUAAUUGAUCUA